AUGAUCAAAGGUGGUGUUUGGAAAAACACUGAAGACGAAAUUUUAAAAGCGGCUGUCAGUAAAUACGGAAAGAAUCAAUGGGCACGUAUCUCUUCUUUACUUGUUCGCAAAUCUCCAAAACAAUGUAAAGCAAGAUGGUUUGAAUGGUUGGAUCCUAGUAUUAAAAAGACGGAAUGGUCAAAGGAAGAAGAUGAAAAAUUACUUCAUCUUGCAAAGUUGAUGCCUACACAAUGGCGUACUAUUGCUCCUAUUGUUGGACGUACUCCUGCACAAUGUCUUGAAAGAUAUCAACGAUUAUUGGAUGAAGCUGAACAAUCUGUUGCUGGUAAAGAAGAUUUGGGACUUACUGGUGCUGGAGGUCAUGAAACUGGACCAAAUGCUGAUGAUGUACGAAAGUUAAGACCUGGAGAAGUGGAUCCUGAACCUGAAAGUAAACCUGCAAGACCUGAUCCUGUUGAUAUGGAUGAAGAUGAAAAAGAAAUGUUAUCUGAAGCUCGUGCUCGUUUAGCAAAUACUCAAGGUAAAAAGGCAAAACGCAAGGCUCGUGAACGACAAUUGGAAGAAGCUAGACGUUUGACUACUUUACAAAAACGAAGAGAAUUAAAGGCGGCCGGUAUCAAUGUUCGAGUGAAGAAAAUGAAAAACACUAUGGAUUAUAAUACAGAUAUUCCUUUUGAAAAACGAGCACCAUUAGGAUUUUUCGAUGUGACAGAAGAAAAAGCACAAAAACCAAAUGCAGAAUUAUUGACUAACGUACGACUUUCCAAACUCAAUCGACGACGUGCUGAUAUUGAAGAAGAAAAGGAACGUGAACGAAAACGAAAACAACGUGAAGCUGGUGCUACUGGAAAUAAAUCUGAAGGAAAUCAAGGUCGGUUUGUUCCUGCAAAGGAUGCUAAAAUUAUCAAGAUGCAAGAACAAGAACAAAUUGCUAAACGACGAAAGCUAGUCCUUCCUGCUCCUCAAGUCGGUGAAGAAGAAUUAGAUGAAAUCGUUAAGACUGGUUUUGCUGGUGAAUCAGCUAAAUCCUUGGUUCAAGCUGAAGAUACUGAUCAUGCUACUACAACACCUCUUCGUGGAACAACAUCAACACCUUCAACUUAUGGAAAUCAAACACCAUUCAAAACACCACUUCGUGACCAUUUCAACAUUAACGAUCAACAAGAAUCAAUUGCAGCUACACCUCGUGACGAAAAAAUGGCACAAAUACAACGCAAACGAGCUCUCUUACAAGGUCUUUCAUCAUUACCCAAGCCACGAAAUGAAUGGGAAAUUCGAUUACCUGAUGUUGGGGAUGAGGAAGAAAAAGAUGAGAUCAAAACAGAUCAAUCAAGCCAAGUGGAGGAUAUGAGUGAAGUAGAAAAACGCAACAAAGAAAUGGCCAUCAAAAACGAACAAGAACAAUUAGGACGACGAUCACUUGUAGUACAACGCGGUUUACCACGCCCAACGAGUAUUCCAGCAUCUAUUCAACAAGUCAAUCAACAUUUGGACGAUAUUCAGGCCAUGAUUCAACAAGAAUUUAUACGCUUAUUACAACAUGAUGCUAUCAAAUACCCUGUGGUUGGUGGAUCUAUCGCUCCUGGAGCUACUCCUCUUGAAGGUGAUUUAACUCUUGUAGAAGAAGAAUUCGAUACGGCAACUUUGGAGGAUGCUCGCAAAGAAAUGGAUUUGGAAUUGAAGGAAAUGCUUGAUUUGGAUGAAACUGAUGUACAACAAGCCGUUUGGAAUCAUGUAUCAAAUCAACCCGGAUAUCAAGAAAAAUGGGAUCAAGAACAUGAUGAUUUAUUAUUCUCUGCAAAGUUCAAACAAUUCAUGACUCUGGAUGAAAUGCCUGAUGAUAAGGAUAAGAUUCAAGGAUUAGAAAAGAUCAUCGAGUCUAACCGUCAAGCUAUGAUUCGUGAUGCUACUAAAGCUGGUAAAUUGGAAAAGAAAUUGGAAGUUCGACUAGGUGGAUAUAUGGCAAGAUCCAAUACAUUAUCACAACAAAUUAUUGAAGCAUUUGAAGCACUAGAAGCUGCCAAGAUUGAACAUAGUAGCUUCUUGAAUUUACAAAUGGCGGAAAAGGUAGCAAUUCCUCGUCGUAUUCAAGGAUUGGAAGAAGAAGUACAACGAUUAGCACAAAGAGAGAAGGAUUUACAACAAAAAUACAAACUUCUCAGCGAAGAGAAAAGUCAUUAUUUGGAAGGACUAGUUUAG